AGAUCCCUGUUCUCCCUCCACUUCUUUUCUUCUGGCCGUAGCUUUGUCUUGGUAAUAUGGUUCUUGUUGUUGCUUCCAUUGAGCCUGCAUGAAAGUGAACGGACUAAAUUAGUGAGUAAAAACUUUUUGCUGUUUGUGAGGACUCCUGCUUGUCAAUCAGCCAUGAACUCCAGCCUUGUCAACUCUUUAGCCAAAGUCUAUGACCCAAACCCUCUUCAUGGUCAGAAGCCUGGUGGAAGAAAGCUCUCUCUCAAUGGAUCAGACAAGUCCCAAGCUUCCUCAUCACCUCCCUCCCAUCAUGACGCCGCCUUGCGCAGUGUAGAGAGCCGAAUGGACACCCUGAGCUCUCAGAUGGAGCGCCUGCUCAGCAUGCAGCAGACCGUCUUGACCCGGCUGGAUGGCUUGUCUCUGGACGUCAGAGGCAUGGGUCAGGAUCUGGCCUCUAUGCGCGAAGACGACCACGGGGGGAGACCAUGCAAGGAGCUGCAUAGGGCCAGCGAGCGGAUAGAUAGUCAGGGACGCAGGCUGGAUGGCGUGGAGAAGCUUGUUGAGGGCACCCAGCAGGUGAUCAGCUUCAUUGGGGAAGUGGUGAAGAGCUCAAGGCUGGUGGAACUGCUAUUUAAACAACCCGGGAACAAGAGUAACAAGAAGAAGGCGAAGGAUGACAAGGACAAAAACAAACUGAGCCUGAAGGGUUUGAAGACCCAGAAGAAGAGGAAACCUCAGGACACGUCAGAGACGUCCUCGCUGAAUGAGCCUGUGCUGCAGGAACAGGUGGAAAAGCUCAACAGGCAGAACACCGAGCAUUCCCAUGGAAAAGCAGAGGCUGACAAUCAGAGGGGGGAGGACAGGGGAAGACAGGAGCCAGCCAAGCUUAUCCUGGAUGGACCACACGCCUCUGACACCCAGUCAGAGGAGAGGAAGAAGACAACUAAGGGGAAAGAGGAGGCGGAGGAGGAGGAGGAGGGGGAUGUCUCUGAGGAGCCGGAGUCAGAUGAGGAGGGAAAAGCAAAAGAUGUUAGACCAGAACAAGCUGGAAAAGUGAAGGAUGAUGGGGAGAAAACACAUAAAGUAGAGGCAGAAGAGUCGUCAAAAUCAGAAGCAGUGGUCGGAGACAUCUGUAAGACCUCUCUACUACCACAGGAGAGCUCGGAGGAGGUCGGCGACGUGGCCACUUGCAGCAAACGCCGCGUCACAGAAGAAGACCUGGUGAAGGACGACCUGAAAAAAAGCAGAGUGGAAGACAGUAAGGCGGAAAAUGCUGACGGACAGGUGGCGGUGGUGGAGGGGGGCGAGCCGCAGGCCUCCAAGUCUGACGAAGUAAGGACAGAGGUCGGAGAGGAGGGGAAGGAGGGCGAGUCGGCAGCGAAGGAAUUUGUUAUUGACUUAAGCCCUCCGCCGUUAGCACCUUUCGACCACCGCAUUGUGACUCCCAAACCCCAUCAGAUAGCCACCUACUACACCAUCAACAGAGAUGAGGUCCUGGGCGGGGGACGUUUUGGGCAAGUCCACAAGUGCAUGGAGAACUCGUCUGGGUUGAUGUUGGCUGCCAAAAUCAUCAAAGCCAGGAGCCAGAAAGAGAAGGAGGUGGUGAGGAACGAGAUCCAGGUGAUGAACCAGCUGAACCAUGCCAACCUCAUCCAGCUGUACGCCGCCUUCGAGUCGCGCCAUGACAUCAUCCUGGUCAUGGAAUACGUGGAAGGAGGGGAGCUGUUCGACCGCAUCAUUGACGAGAACUACAACCUGACAGAGCUGGACACGGUGCUGUUCAUACGCCAGAUCUGUGAAGGGCUGCAGUACAUGCAUAAGAUGUACAUCCUGCAUCUUGACCUCAAGCCAGAGAACAUUCUUUGUGUCAGCAGAGCUACUAACAAGAUUAAAAUCAUUGACUUUGGCCUGGCCAGGAGGUAUAAACCCAGAGAAAAACUGAGGGUCAACUUUGGAACGCCUGAAUUUUUGGCCCCUGAAGUCAUCAACUAUGAGUUUGUUUCAUUCCCCACAGACAUGUGGAGCCUCGGCGUCAUCACUUACAUGCUGCUCAGUGGCUUGUCUCCGUUUCUGGGGGAUGACGACAACGAGACGCUGAACAACAUCCUGGCCUGUCAGUGGAACUUUGAGGAGGAGGAGUUUACAGACAUCUCCGACGAGGCCAAAGACUUCAUCACCCGUCUGCUGGUGAAGAGCAAAAGCUGGAGGAUGAGCGCAACAGAGUCCCUCAGGCACCCCUGGCUGUCAGACAGGAGUCUGCACUAUCGACUAGAUCAGAAGAAAAACAAGUGCCACUCCACACAUGCUCCUUCUCCAGAGAGCUAGAAAGAAACACUGUGAGGCCCUCAGCAUGCCUUUUGACAAUGUAGGGCCCCGGAGCCCAACACUGGACCAAUGCUGCUGUACCUGUAUGGCUGACCUGGAUGACUACUCUCCGCUUCGCAUCCUCAUGUCAGCUUAGCUCCACAGCUUGUAGUCGUCAUCUGAAUAGUUAGUCAAUAGAGACGUAAACGCUGCCUUCUGCUUGCAUGCUGCAGAGCACAGACCUCCAGACUGAACCAGUGAGGACUGUCUAAGCUCUACGGCGGCGUGUAAUUACUGUAGCUGCAACAGAACCGCCUGUGUCACGAAACCAAAAACGUCAGAGACUAAAAGCUUGAAUUACUUGUCACUUCUACAACUUCCACGCGUAUCGCUGAAACAGUAACGAAACACUGAAAAUCAGCGGUUUAUCGUCAGACCGACAGUUUAUUCUCCCUCUGCCAGUGAUCAGUUCGUCAUGUUGUCCUGGUUUGUUGCAUGCUUUGCACUUUUUUUUUCGGGCCUAUCUCUUCAAGAUUUAGCAAACAACUUUAAACAAAGUAUAGACUGAAUGCUAUUAUUUAAAUACUAUAUUUUUGUGAAUACAGAUUUUCUUUCUUUCUUUCUUUCUUUCUUUCUUUUAAUUUAAGUCUUAUAAAAAAAAUGUUAUUCUGUCUUUAACAUAAAGUAAAAAAACAAAAAGAUACUUGCAGAGCUUGGUUGAUUUCACACCACGUUAAUUUAUUUUGUAUAUAACACAACACUACAUCCACUCAUUCCCCUGAAAGUCUGAAUACUUCUCUGUUGGAGCCACACUCAGAUCACAUCUCUGUAGACUGGACUUCCUUCUGUACGCGUUCAUGCCAUUAGCUCGCCUUUGCUUCGGCAGUUUGGAGUAGCCCUCUCACCUUCCAUGAAGGCAUAACGGACAACAGAAUACUACCUAUGAAUAAUUCAUGUUUAUGACUGAAGUGAAUUCUUCAUUUUCGUUCAUUUAUUUACUGUACUUGAAGUGCAAAGCUUUUUAUUCAAGAUUAUUUUCAGGGGAGACUUCACUUGUGCACAUUCUGUGUAAACGCACAGUUCAGCUUGAUGAAGAGCCAACAGCAGAGCAGGGAAGACAUCAGUCAGUGCUUUAUUGUCCCAGAUGGGAACCUGGAGGAAUAUCCGUCACUCAGUUGCUCGGCCGCUCCAUUUGGAAACGGAAAAGCUUUGUCAUUUUGGAUACUUGUUUAUUUGAAUUCAUGAUAAUGUUUUUCAAGUUUUCUUGUGUAAUGAUGAGUCAUGAAUAAAUGUAGAAUAAAAAUAAGCCAAAAAAAAAAAUUCUAUAUAUAUAAAAAUAAAGCA